AUGUCCAAUCGAUUCAUAACGCCACCGGAGAACGUGAGAGAGACACUUAAUUGUCCGCCGAGUAGAGCUACAAAUAUAGGAGACAUCAGUUCCAUUACACUGCCUGUUGAAGAUCAACAACUGGAGACAUACAGCUCAGAGCUGUACGUUGACCUCUUACUUGAAGAUAAGAGAACCACUGAGAGACGCCGAAACGAGAGUUUGAUUUUCAAGGCUCAUGACCAGUAUAUUGGAAGCUCCGGGAUUGCAUUCUUCUCUGACCAGAGGCUUGUAUCCAUUUCCGAUCGUCUAGGUCAUAGGAAGCUUAGGGAUCUCCUGGAAAAUAUUGCAAAUUCCGUGAACUCACGUAUUAACUGCAACACACAUCUGCCGGCUCCGAUCAAGUUCGUUGAACCCUCUACUACGCUACAGAUCUCAGAAGCAUCUGCCAAGCUAUAUAUCACUGCGUAUUUCGAAAAUGUUCACCCAGUUUAUCCCUUUAUUGAUCGACACUGGUUUGAGGAGAGAGCUCAUUCUAGAGAUAUAGCUCUAUUACUUCGAGAUAUGCUUCCUUUCUCAGCCCUCUAUCAUGCUAUCCUUGCGUUGGGGGCCCAAUAUCAUGGGGACGGCUCCUUCGAGCCGGGCACCGGGAUUUCAUGGAAACUAUAUCAGAUUGCUUUAGGCUUGUUCCCGGAGAUUUUAGCUGCGAAGGAAUCCUUAGUAAAUGUUCAGGCUGUAACUGCAAUGGCCAUCUUUGCUCACAAUUCGUCUUGUAUACAAAUCGGACAUAUGUUAACUGCUGAAGCGGCUCGAAUGGCACAAUCUCUAAACCUCCAUAGAGCCAUUUCCGAUAAUGAAAACGUUUCUUUUUGCCAGCGGACUUUUUGGGUGAUUUACUUCUUGGAAAAGACACUUUCCUUUGCCUGUGGCAAAUCAUCUAGUAUACAUGAUUGCGAUAUCGGCACACCUAUCCCAGACACCCCCAAAUCUGUCUCUGGAAGCUUCGACUGGCUUCGCACCAUAUGUCGUUUUAGCAGGCUAGUUUCAAAGGCAUACACUACGCUUUUCUCGAUAAGCGCAACAUUAUUACCAAUGGCUUCGAUCCGAGCUACUAUAAUCUCGUUUAACUGUAAACUUGAGUCUUGGAGACUGUCAGUACCUGAAGCAUUCCGUCCCGGGAACUCGCUUCGGUCUUUCAACAAACUAGACAACCCGUCCAACAUGAUCUUCCUCAGGGUCCAUUACCAUUAUUAUUGCGCUGUUAUUGCCUUGGCUCGGCUCGGCUCAAGCCUCCCGCCGGCAGAGGCCCCAUAUUCUCUGGCAGAGAGAAGGGAAAUGCUGCUGAAAGCCUGCAGCACUAUUAUCGAGCUUACCAACCAAAUUGACAUAGCCCCUUAUACCCCAAUCUGGAUGUUACUUUCUGCACCUUUAUCAGCCAUGUUCACCCUUUUCGACUUUGUUAUACACAACCCAGCAGAUGACAAAACCGCAAGCAACCUUUCUCUGCUGGGAAUUGCAGCAGGGUACUUCUGUCGUCUAGAGUAUGCUUCGGGUGGAGCCCUCCAGACUGCGGUCCUGUCUGACAUUGCCCAUAUUGCGCGAGACUAUAUUCAUGACGUCAAAAAUGGCAUUACAGCCAGGAUGGCCAACCCUACAUACGCACCACACACUCCUAGAGCAGAAGGCGCAAUUAGACUAGGAUCGCAGACACCCUUGUCACUACCGGGAGGCCCAACUCUCUCGUUCGAAUUGCCUCAAGGCCAAACCACCACAGGAGAUUUGUACAAUCCAGGUGAUGAUUUCCAAUUUCUCAUGGGGAGUAGAUUUCCGGAGGGCGUUGAUUUGGACGAACUCUUUUGCCGCUUCUCCCCUGCGGCGCAUUCAUACCCUUUUGAGUGA